AUGAUCACUGUCUUUGUGGAUAACUUACCAAAAUCCAUUGAUCCAAAAAGCCUAUUUACAUUGUUCAAUAAGUUUGGAGUUGUAAAGGAUGUCUUUAUUCCAAACAGAAGGAGAAAGACAUUCAAUACAAGGUUUGGUUUUGUGAGGUAUGACUGCACAGUGGCUGCUACUGCAGCAAUUCAAAAGGCGAAUGGGUUGUGGGUGGAUGAUAGAGUGCUAAAGGUUACGAAAGCUGAUUUCAAUAGUGAACAACGCAGAGUGAUGAAACAGAGUACUCUUGGAGCUACAAAUACGUCCAAACAAAAGGUUGCUUUUGAGGGUCAGGGUGUACAAAAUAACAAAGGAGCUAGGAAAACGUUUGCAGAAGCUCUUAUUGGACAAAGGGAGGCCGAAUUCAAACAUGAAUCUCAUGUUAAGAGAUUGAGGAAAGGUAAAAUCAGAGAUGGUGGAGGUAGGGAUAUUGUUAUCACUUUCAGCUCAACCGAGGAGAAAGUUGAAGGAGUGAGACUAAUGCAAGGAUGGCUAAAUGAGUGGGGUGAAUUUGUGUUUAAUUGGAAAGCUGGAAUGCAUAUUGAGUAA